AUGCAGGAAGUUCAGGGGGUCAUAAAGGGACAGUACGACUACGCCAAGCUUCGUGGAGGUACAGGCCCCCUGGUGUACCCUGCAGGAUUCGUCUGGAUCUUCUCAAUCUUCUGGUACAUCUGCGAUAGAGGAGCGAACAUCGCAAAGGCGCAGUGGAUCUUCUACGGCAUCUACCUCCUCACCCUGGCCAUCGUCAUGAAGAUCUAUGUUCGAGCGAAGCUUGCUCCUGGAUGGAGCCUUGUCCUGCUCUGCAUAUCCAAGAGGAUUCAUGCCAUCUACAUGCUGAGAAUGUUCAACGACGGAGUUGCCAUGCUCUUCUUGUUCGCUGCUGUGCACUUCUUCUGCUCCAGUCUCGCGGUCUCGGUGAAGAUGAACAUCCUGCUGUUUGCUCCUCCUCUCUUGUACCUCCUGCUCUGCGCGCAUGGGGUCUAUGGUGCGAUCAGGCACAUUGGGAUAUGCGCUUUAGUUCAGGCUCGUCCUAGUCUUUUUGAGGCCAUGACUUCCUCUGACUGUCGAACACAGUAUCCCACCUCCUACAUCUCCGGCUCGUUCAACUUCUCGCGCGUGUUCCUCCACAGAUGGACUGUCAAUUUCAAAUUCGUCCCUGAGGAAAUCUUCGUCUCAAAAUCCUUUGCCGUUUUCCUCCUCUUCUGCCAUCUGUCGACUCUUGCUGUCUUCUACUUCAAGCACCUCAGUCGAGCUGCCAAGGAGCGGGUGAGGCUCCACUCGGGCACGGACGAUUUCCCAGCUUCUUUCAUCUCGAUCGUCCUCUUCACCGGGAACUUCAUCGGGAUCGUGUUUGCGCGGAGCCUGCACUUCCAGUUCUACACCUGGUACUUCCACACCAUCCCCGCGCUGCUGUGGAAGACGCAGCUGGACACGGGAGUCAAGUUGGGGCUGUACGCGCUAGUCGAGCUGUCCUUCAACAUCACAGAGAGGAAGGGAUGCUUUCAAAUCCCUGUGGGGCCUGAGUGUGGGUCCUCGACGCCUACAGGAGCGAUGAUUUUGAGCGCCGUUCACCUCGUGCUCCUGCUCGCGCUGUACUUCACGCCACCAUGGAAGGCGCUGCGGCCGAGGGGGAACAAGGAGGAUGAGAAGGAGAAGAAGAAGUGA